UAGAGUCCGACGGCUACAAAAGCUAAGCAAAACAGGUCCCCCCUGUUAGCAUCGUUUUCGCGCAUUUACCCUACAGCAUUCCUCCAGGAAUAGUUAUCGGACGGACCCCUUUAAAAAAGAUCUGGUAAAUACCCUCCUGAUGGAUAUUUCUCAAGAUUCUCAAACCUUCACUCAGAUUCUCCGAGAUAUAACUGAACUCGAACCGGUCGUAGGGUCUCCGGAACAAAUUGUUUACAUCCCAACGCCGACCCUGAAUUGUACGGAAAUACCUCCUAGAACGGGUGCCAUAGGGAGUCUACACGGUUUCUGUGAAGGAUAUGCCUACGAGACAAUUGUGCCCUACUCCCAGGAUGUAUUUACACAGAAGCCGCAAACAGAGACUUUAAACGGCCUGUCAACUCCCCUGACCCAGGACCGCUGGACGCCCCCUAUUAAACACCAACGGACAAUCAGGGCCCAGAUCCACAGGUCCGCUUCACCCGAACAAUACUACUGGGAGGGUAUUCACGAGACAGCGUUACAAGGACAAGGCUCACAAGCUACAGACCAGGCAGAUGCUAUAAUUAGGGUUGCCCAAAGACAUGUUCCCGAGUUCUCAGAGCUUCUUCAGAACAGCCCUCUUCAAAAAAGCCGAGACUCCUCGCCUGCUUAUAAAGAGCUCCAAGAAGCUACACAUCUAGAUCCCGAGGAGGCGCCAAAGACCCCAGUCACCAGAACAGCGAAGCCUGAUGAUUUCAAAGUUUUAAAUGACAUUUCUGAGGUAGACGAUUUGAUGUUCUGUGAAGUUGCCAACCUUAUUGAAGCGGCCAAUUCUGGUGGGGGAAGAGCCUCUUGUGAAAUAGAUCAAGCCGUGCUUUUCAAGGCUUUUACACAGGGUUUAAAAUCACGAAAGGCUUUACUUCAACGUCGUAUGGGUAUUCUAUUCGAACAUCAAUACAAUCAGGAUGUGUCAUUCUGGCGUAGAGAGCUUCCCCGCAUGUUAAACAACAGUAGGGUUAAAACAAGCAAAUACCUCCGUUAA